AGCGCGGGCCGGCCACAGAAGCAUACCAUCAUCAUCCCCGCGCCAGCACUCACACUCGCUCGCAGCCGCGGCGGCGCCACGAAUCGGUCCCCGAGCGCUCACUCGAUCCAUCCACCCCAGCCGCCGCGGCGCGCACCUGUCGAUUCGAUCCGACAUUUGGUUGAUUCAUCGGAGGAAUUGAAGAAGGAGAUGACGGUGGGAGCCGGGAUCGCGGUGCAGGAGGACGGCACCCUGGCGGCGCUGGGUGCCACGGUGCUGACGGAGGUGCGGGACAACGUGCUCGUGACGCCGGCGGCCGGGGCCGGCGUGCUGGACGGCGCGUUCCUCGGCGUCAGGGCGGCGCCCGCCGCCAGCCGCAGCGUCUUCCCCGUCGGGAAGCUCAGGGACCUGCGGUUCAUGUGCACGUUCCGGUUCAAGAUGUGGUGGAUGACGCAGAGGAUGGGCUCGUCCGGCCGCGACGUCCCCGUCGAGACCCAGUUCAUGCUCGUCGAGGCCGCUGGCGCCGGCGCCGGAGACGAGGAGCCAUCAUCCGCCGCGCCGGUGUACACCGUCUUCCUCCCCAUCCUGGAGGGCUCCUUCCGCGCCGUCCUCCAGGGGAACGCAGACGACGAGCUGGAGAUUUGCUUGGAGAGCGGUGAUCCAGCUGUGGAAUCAUUCGAAGGCACCCAUCUCGUUUUCGUGGGAGCAGGGUCCGAUCCGUUCGAGGUCAUCACCAAUGCUGUCAAAGUUGUUGAGAGGCACUUGCAGACAUUCUCUCACAGGGACAAAAAGAAGAUGCCAGACAUGCUAAACUGGUUUGGCUGGUGCACGUGGGAUGCAUUUUACACUAGUGUCAGCAAAGAAGGAGUCAAGGAAGGGUUACAAAGUUUCGAAAAAGGUGGAACAACUCCAAAGUUCGUCAUAAUCGACGAUGGAUGGCAAUCAGUCAGCAUGGAUCCUGCAGGAACCGCGUGCAUAUCUGACAAUUCAGCUAACUUCGCAAACAGACUGUAUCAUAUCAAGGAGAACCACAAGUUUCAGAAAAAUGGCAGGAAAGGUCACAGGGAAGAAGAUCCUGCCAACGGGCUCGCACACAUCGUCAGUGAAAUCAAGGAGAAACAUGAGCUAAAGUAUGAUUCUUGUUGGCAGUUUCUUGCCUUACACUUGACAUAUGUGCAUGUUGAAAUCUCUGAAACUCAUCAUUUUCCCUACUUCUCAUUACCAAAAUUCAGAUAUGUUUACAUAUGGCACGCGAUCACCGGAUACUGGGGCGGCGUAAGGCCCGGUGUUGAAGGGAUGGAUCACUACCGAUCGAAGAUCCAACACCCGGUGCCAUCGCCAGGGGUCCGGAAGAACGAGUCCUGUGACGCCCUGGACAGCAUAACAGCUAACGGCCUUGGCCUUGUAAGCCCUGACAGAGUGUUGAGCUUCUACAACGAGCUCCAUUCGUACCUCGCCUCCGCCGGUGUUGACGGCGUGAAGGUGGACGUACAGAACGUUCUCGAGACGCUCGGCGCAGGUCAUGGAGGUAGGGUGGCCCUGGCCAGGAAGUACCAGCAGGCUCUGGAAGCUUCCGUCGCCCGGAACUUUGGCGCCGGCGACAAAAACGGGGUGAACAUGAUAUCCUGCAUGAGCCACAACACUGACAACUUAUACAGUUCGAAGAGAAGCGCCGUUGUGAGGGCCUCCGAUGAUUUCUGGCCUAGGGACCCUGCCUCGCACACGAUACACGUGGCAUCCGUUGCGUACAAUACGGUCUUCCUCGGAGAGUUCAUGCAGCCGGACUGGGACAUGUUCCAUAGCGUGCACCCGAUGGCGGAGUACCACGCGGCGGCGCGGGCAGUCGGCGGCUGCGCCAUAUACGUCAGUGACAAACCUGGGAACCACGACUUCGACCUGCUGAGUAAGCUGGUGCUUCCGGACGGGUCGAUCCUGCGAGCCAGGCUCCCCGGCAGACCCACCGCAGACUGCCUCUUCUCCGAUCCUGCAAGGGACAGCAAGAGCAUUCUGAAGAUCUGGAACCUGAACGAGCACACCGGCGUGAUCGGCGCCUUCAACUGCCAGGGCGCCGGCUGGUGCCGCGACGGGAAGAGGAACCUCAUCCACGACGCGCUGCCUGGCACCGUAACCGGAGCCAUCCGGGCGAGCGACGUCAGCCGCCUCGCGGACGUCGCCGGCGCCGACGACGACGACGGCUGGGACGGCGACGUGGUCGUGUAUUCCCACAAAGCAGGGGAGGUAACGGUGCUGCGGAGGGGCGCGGCGCUGCCGGUGACGCUGCGGCCGCGGGAGCACGAGGUGUUCGCGGUGGCGCCGCUGAGACGGCUGCCUGACAUUGGCGGCGUCUCGUUCGCGCCGAUCGGGCUGCUCCGGAUGUUCAACGCCGGCGGGGCAGUGACCGGACUCAGGUACGACGCCGGCGCCGUGGAGAUCAGGGUGCGUGGCGCGGGCACGGUCGGGGCGUACGCGUCGACGAAGCCGAAGCGCGUGGCCGUGGACACGUCGCCGGUCGGGUUCGCCUACGACGACGGCAGCGGGCUCGUGACCUUCGAGGUCGCGACGCCGGAGAAAGAGCUCUACUCGUGGGCCGUCACGGUGGAGUUCUGAGAUGCGCGGUCCGAUCCGACGGCCAGAGAUCGAACAUGGUGAACACCGAGCAAUUUUUUUAGCGGAAGUGGAGUAUGAAAACCUCCAGUUCUGAAUAAAUUUGGGGAAUUAUUUGGAUUUGCUAUUUGUAAGACAGAUCUCAGAAACUGUUGAUCUUAGGUCGGUCGGCCGGCCAAGUGAUAUAUACCUGAGUUGCGCGAAAGAAAAAUUGUGAGCAAAUUUAUGUGCGGAAAUGCUAAUUGUCAUCUUGCAA